AUGACACUGGUAGCACCACCACCACAACAGUGUCCAUCAAUGCCGUCUCCCACAUCAGUACCGAAUGGAGUCGCUCCGUCACCACCUCCACCUUGCUCAGGAUGCAUUAAGCUACAUGCCGAUAUCAAACAGAAUAUGCAACAAAUGAUGGAUAAAUUUGAUAUGAUCUAUAUGCGAUUGGAAAGUUUGAUGAAUGAAAAGGAAAAGAGCCGACUGAUUGUGCAAGAUCAAGAAAUGAGCGAGAGCGGAAGCGAUGACAAAGAUGUACCUUCCCCAGCCGAUAGCCGUGCAUCUCCGAACACUGCGCAAGGUAGUCGCAAACGAAAACCGAAUAAGGAAGCUGUGCACAGAGUAUCAGAAGAUACCCAAGACAUGGCCAACCCUACCUCAGGGUUGUGCAAUAAUGCGUACGUAGGUGUCCGAGGCUCCAGCUGCGUCGGCUACUCCUUCAACACCCGUAUCAACACCGGCCACCGUGCCAACAUCUGGUUUCGGCGACAGUAUGAGUUUUCUCAGUGGACAAAUGAGUAA